GAGCCCGGUACCUCCCCUGCACCCCCCAAUCCAUCCAUUCGCAUAGAGCUUUGCCAGCCCGGGGAGUCGGUCCCAGGGCUCCUGCCAGCAGCACUAGCCCCAGGGGACCCCGGAGCCUUCCACCUAUUAGCCCCCCGGCACAAACUCCACAAGCCCUCUGGCUCCCUCCCAGGCCCAGAGGCAGGAAAAAGCUCGGGAAACCCGACUGUGGCUGUUGGGAGCCUAGGGCUGUACUCCUGCCUUUGCUUGGUCUGAGAGCCAGAGUGGAACCCGGAGUGCGGAGCCCAGCGCAUGCACCGACUGCCCCGGCUCGGCUCUGUAGCUCGCAGUCCCGCACGGGCAGCCUGCGCGAUCCCACGGGGCAGAGUGCACCGCUGUGUUACAGAGAAACACGCAGCCCUGCGUGCUGUAAUACCGCCGCCUUUCCAAGAGGAAAAGGGUAGGCCUCUGUCCCAUCGCAAGUUUUCGGCUCCGAGGCAUGGCCACUUGGGCUUCCUCCCUCAUAAGAGAAGCCGACGUCACCGCGGGAAGGUGAAGACCUGGCCCAAGGAUGAUCCCAGCAAGCCAGUCCACCUGACAGCCUUUCUGGGCUACAAAGCUGGCAUGACGCACAUCCUACGAGAAGUUCACAGGCCAGGAAUGAAGCUUUCCAAGAGGGAAGAGGUGGAAGCAGUCACAAUAGUGGAGACCCCGCCUCUGGUAGUGGUUGGGCUUGUGGGAUACGUAGACACUCCCAGGGGCCUGAGAAAUUUCAGGACCAUUUUUGCGGAGCACCUCAGCGAUGAGUGCAGACGCCGCUUCUACAAGAACUGGCACAAGAGCAAGAAGAAGGCCUUCACCAAGUACAGCAAAAAGUGGCAGGACAAGGAUGGGAAGAAACAGCUAGAGAAGGAUUUUGCAGCCAUGAAGAAGUACUGCAAGGUCAUUCGAGUCAUCGUCCACACUCAGAUGAAGCUGCUCCCUCUAUGUCAGAAGAAGGCCCAUGUGAUGGAGAUUCAGCUGAAUGGCGGGACGGUGGCCGACAAGGUGGACUGGGCUCACGAGAAGCUGGAGAAGCAGGUCUCUGUGCACACGGUCUUCAGCCAGAACGAAAUGAUCGAUGUCAUCGGGGUGACCAAGGGGCGCGGGAUGAAAGGGGUGACCAGCCGCUGGCAUGCCAAGAAGCUCCCAAGGAAAACUCACAAAGGCUUACGCAAAGUUGCCUGCAUUGGAGCCUGGCAUCCAGCCCGCGUGGGCUACUCCAUUGCCCGGGCUGGCCAGAAGGGCUACCACCAUCGCACGGAGCUCAACAAGAAGAUUUACCGUAUUGGCCGCGGAAUCCACGUACAAGAUGGCAAAAUAGUGAAGAACAAUGCCGCAACAAACUACGAUGUCACCGAGAAGACAAUCACGCCACUGGGUGGAUUUCCUCACUACGGUGCAGUCAACAAUGAUUUCCUGAUGCUGAAGGGCUGCAUCAUGGGCACUAAGAAACGCGUGCUCACUCUCAGAAAGUCCCUUCUGGGGCACAGCAGCCGUCGGGCUCUGGAACCCAUUGAACUGAAGUUCAUUGAUACCACUUCCAAGUUUGGCCAUGGCUGCUUCCAGACUGCUCAAGAGAAGAGAGCUUUCAUGGGCCCCCAGAAGAAACACCUGGUGAAGGAGAAGCCAGAAUCCCAGGAAGAAUUGUAGGGGAUUGAAGUACACAUGGCCACCUUAACCUGACACCUCCAAUAAAGGGACUUCAAACCAGG